UGAGCGGGCGCCCCUCCUCCGGGGCGGGUCCGGCGGGAGGCGACUUCGGAAACAUGGCCGAGUAUACGAGGCUGCAGAACUGCCUGGCGCUGAUCCGCCUCCGAAACCCGCCGGUCAACGCGAUCAGUGUGGCUGUACUCCAUGGAAUAAAAGAGGGACUGCAGAAAGCUAUAACAGAUCGUACAGUAAAAGCCAUUGUGAUUUGUGGAUCAAAUGGCAAAUUCUGUGCAGGGGCUGAUAUCCGUACCUUCAGUGCUCCUAGAACCUACAGCUUCACAUUGGGACAUUUAGUAGAUGAAAUACAGAGAAAUGAGAAGCCUGUGGUGGCAGCUAUUGAAGGCGUGGCUCUAGGAGGGGGACUGGAGUUGGCCCUGGGCUGUCACUAUAGGAUUGCCCAUGCAGAGGCUCAAGUUGCCUUCCCAGAAGUUUUGCUAGGAAUCAUUCCUGGUGCAAGAGGUACCCAGCUUCUUCCCAGACUCAUUGGAGUUCCUGCUGCACUUGACUUAAUUACCACAGGAAGAUAUGUUUUGGCAGAUGAAGGACUCAAGCUGGGUAUUCUAGAUGAAAUUGUGAACUCAAACCUGGUUGAAGAAGCAAUCAAAUUAGCCCAGAGAGUUUCAGACCAAUCUAUAGAAUCCCGUAGACUCUGCAACAGGCCAAUUCAGAGCUUGCCCAACAUGGAAAGCAUUUUCAGUGACGCCCUUUUGAAGAUACGGAAGCAGUACCCUGGGCUUCUUUCUCAGGAGACUUGCGUCCAUGCCGUCCAGGCUGCCGUGAAGUAUCCCUAUGAGGUGGGCAUCAAAAAGGAGGAGGAGCUGUUCAUGUACCUUCAGAAAUCAGGGCAGGCUAGAGCCCUGCAAUAUGCCUUCUUGGCUGAGAGGAAGGCAACUAAGUGGUCAGGUCCCUCUGGAGCAUCCUGGAAAACAGCAUCUGCACGACCCAUCUCCUCAGCUGGCGUUCUUGGUAAGAACAUAGGGUAGUUAAAAGUCAUGCUCCCAAUCUGCAUGUAGAAAUUGCUACCAUUUGCUUAGGGCCACCAGGUGCCAGGCUCUGUGCUAAACACAUUGUGUUAGCUAAUGCAGUUUUCACCUGAGCCCAUGAACUAUCUUCAUUUUACCUGUGCAGCCUAGAGACACUAAUCUCCUCAACAAUGAGCUAAACACAAGUGGACUGAGGGUCUGAUGCUAGAUCUGUCUGACUGAAGAUUCUGAGCAUUUUUUUCAUGCACCCCUACCUCUUCCCUGCAUGAGUCUCUCACCCCUGGAUUUCCCAAGAGUGAUUAUUACUUGUACCACAUUUCAAGGUGUGGCUUGUCACUCUUGUAGUUAGAUAUUUGGCAUGAAGCCUCUGUCUUCCUGGUCCCUGAUUCCAUUCACUUCUCCUGGUUCAAAACUACUAUCCUCAAAUCCAUCUGAAUCCUGGAACAGUGACUUGCCUACUUUUCCCUCCUGGAAUUUUCCCAAACAAAAUGUCUUCCUUCCUCAGAGGCCAGCUCUCUGAUAGGCUUCCUUGGGCCACUUUCCUAAGGCUCACUUGCUCUUAGUCUUGGCCCAGGAAUGGUCUUUGCUGGAUUUUAAACCCCCUGAAUGGUAAGCAAAACGUUAUGUGUCAGCUUAUGUACCUUCUUCUGGGGAGGAGGUCUGUAGUUUACUAAAAGCAUCAACUUUCUUGAGCCUUAUUCAGCCGUCUGUAUUGGUAAACCCCAAUUCACCAAGCUACCUUGGAGGGAAAGAGCCCACUCCACAACUUGGCCUGUUAUCUCAGUCAGGGUUUGCUAUAACAAAGUAUGUUUGUCGUAAAAACACACUAUGCUCCUUCCAGCACUGACUGUUCACUUGUAAUUUUUUUAAGGAGGUGAACAAAUGGUGUGAUGCUGAAUUAUGAAUUUUCCUUUCUUUGUAAUCUUUCAGCAACACUGAUACUUGUUUCUAGUUGUGUGCUUCACCUGUUUAUUCUUCCCUAUAUUCCUUGAAGCCAAGAAUAAGUAAUGCAAAAAAUUAAGUUUAUCAGCACUGUAUUUAUCAACCACUGAGAGUUUCCCUAUUUCUUCGUUGUGAGUCUUGUUCAAAGACUUCAGGUUCAUGUCGGCAUGGAGUGUUUAAAAUCUGAAGGUCUUUUUUUAAAAGUAUACCCCCACAUUGUUCUGAAAAAUAUUUGAGAAAGCGUUUAAAAUAUGUAGAAGACAACAUGGAUAAAAAAUAAAGCAAGAGAGUUUGGUCCUGUCGCCUUCUUCCUGUUUAUCUCCACACCGCUCUGCAUUUCCUCUCCGGGCUGCAGCUGCCGCUGCGCCCUGUGCCCUCUGGAGAGCUCC